CUAUAAAAAGGCAUCUGAUGGGGGAGGGAGGGCUGCCGUGCAGCAGGAACUGUGCAGACGUACGCACACGGGAAUCCAGGGAAAGGCAGCCCCCCUUUGCAGAGGGAUCUAAAGCCGCAGCGCGGAAGAGAGCUAAAGGAAAUCACUCCAGAGGCACAACACAAUGGCAGACAAAAUCAAGGAUGCCAAAAUCAUCUUUGUUGUGGGUGGACCUGGCUCUGGAAAGGGCACCCAGUGUGAAAAGAUAGUUGCAAAGUAUGGCUACACUCACUUGUCUUCUGGAGAUCUGCUACGUGCAGAAGUGGCCUCUGGCUCUGAAAGGGGAAAACAACUCCAGGCCAUCAUGCAGAAAGGCGAGCUUGUUCCUCUGGACACAGUCUUGGACAUGAUUAAGGAUGCCAUGAUCGCCAAGGCCGAUGUCUCAAAGGGGUUUCUCAUUGACGGCUAUCCUCGUGAGGUCAAACAGGGAGAGGAGUUUGAGAAGAAGAUUGGCAAACCCUGCCUGCUGCUGUACGUCGACGCGAAAGCAGAAACCAUGGUCAAGAGACUAUUGAAGCGUGGCGAGACCAGCGGCCGCUCUGACGACAAUGAAGAGACCAUUAAGAAACGCCUGGACUUGUAUUACAAGGCAACCGAGCCGGUCAUCACUUUCUAUGAGGGCCGUGGUAUUGUGAAGAAGGUGGAUUCUGAGCUGGCAGUGGAUGAUGUCUUUGCCCAGGUUUCCAAGGCUAUUGAUGCACUGUAGUAAAACAACAUAACUGGA